UCCCCCUCCGCAUGCCUGCUAGUCCAAGCAGCGUCGCGAUAGUCAAAAGGUUUCCUACUUGCGGCGCUCUGAGGACCGACAGCAGGCGGCUCUCCAGUCCAUCAGUCCGUACAUGACAAGAGUAGAGAUGAUUCAGAUGGACAGAAUGUGCCAGAAUCUUUGAUGAUAAACUAAAGGCCUUGGAUUAUACCUGAUCUCCUUUUGAUUGUUGUAUGCACACCUGAUGCCAUGGCCUAUCUCAUAAGAGCUGAAGUAGCGCUGCUGAGGUGUACAUUGCUUUUUCUCUACCUGAGUGUCAGCUUGUGCCAGCCUGACUGCACCAGUGUGGACUGUCCCCUGCUCGACAAUUGUAUAGAAGAAGUGCUGGAGACUGGGUCCUGUUGCACUUCAUGCUUACAAAAAGGAUGCACAUGUGAGGGUUACCAAUACUAUGAUUGCGUCAAUGUUGGAUUCAAGAAUGGCAAAGUGCCCGAGGGAGAUUCUUACUUUGUGGACUACGGCAGCACAGAGUGCUCCUGCCCUGUGGGAGGAGGACGGAUUAGCUGCCACUUCAUCAGCUGUCCUGAUAUGUCACCAAACUGCAUUGAAGUUUCAGAACCUGCAGAUGGUUGUGCGCAGUGUGAACGCAUCGGGUGUGUUCAUGGUGGGCAAAAAUAUGAGGCUGGACACUCCUUCCACAUUGACCCCUGUUUUGUCUGCCACUGCCCCAAUGAAGGGGGGAAGCUGAUGUGCUACCCUUUCCCUGACUGUGAUCCGAAGAAAAUCCAUAAACCCAUGUUACCUGCACCCACAGAGGAAGACACAGCCAGCAGGCAUGACAGUUAUCCCUACAGGUUUGACCAACAAGGCCAUACAGAUCAAAUUUCAACACCACACAGAGAUGAGAAUCUUCCUCUCAUUGAAUCAUUGCCGUUGGAUAAGGAGGAGCCUGAAGACUAUGACUACAGUCCUACAGACCUUCCAGAGACCUACCCUCAAUCUCUGGUCUUCCCCACCCAGUCCUCCUCCUCCAGCAAGUUCAUAUCUGUGUCUCGAGGCUCUGAAAUUCAGAGUUUUGACAAACACAGCAAGCUGGAGCUGAGAGAGCGAUAUGGAGUGCAUGACCAUCCCAUAGGCAGAGAGGAAGUGACAGAAAAUCCCCUGAGAGAAGAUCAGGGUACUGUCAAGCCACAUAUGCAGGAGGACACCACAACUUCUUGGCAGCCCUCAC